AUGACAGAUGCCUGCAGUGGAGGAGAAGAUGCUGCAGCCCCCACUUCCAGCCUGGAUGCCUCUGACCCAGAGCUGCACUAUGAGGAGGAAGAGGAGGAUGAGUCCGAGUCACAGCCCUCGGACACCAGCAGCAUCUGCUCUGAUGACUCUGUCUACCCCUGCUAUGAGCCCUCCCCAGGGGCUGGUGCUGCUGGGGACCUCAGCCUCUACCAGUGCUGUGCCAGGAACGAUGCCAGGCUGGUGCAGGAGAGGCUGGAGCAUGGGGUGACCCGGAGAGAGGCCACAGAGCUGGACAUCAACGGGCGGAACGGGCUGAUGGUCGCCUGCUACAAGGGCUUCGUGGACAUUGUGCCCCUGCUUCAGAAGUGCCCCUACAUAAAUGUCAACCAGCAGGACAAGGAUGGGAACACAGCCCUCAUGAUGGCUGCCCAGGCAGGACACAUCACCAUCCUCAACUACCUCCUCAACUACUACCCAGCACUCGAGGUGGACAAGAGGGACCCGCGGGGCCUGACGGCGCUGAUGAAGGCUGCGGUGCAGGGCAGGCAGGACUGUGUGGCCGCCCUGCUCCUGGCUGGAGCAGACCUGCAAGCUGUGGAUCCAGUCAAGGGGAAGUCAGCCAGGGAGUGGGCAGCCUUCACCGGCCGCUUCGAGACGACCGUGCGGAUCCGGAGCCUCGUGCGGCGCCCGCGGGCUGAGCAGUUCAGCAGCCAGUACCGACCCGAGUGGCCAGCCCUGGCCGAGCUGGUGGCCAAAGCUCUGAGCCCCAAAUCCAGGAGCAAGAGGCUGUCAGAGAAGAUCCGAUCCAUCUUCACCUUCAACUUCCCCCACAACCCCGAGGAGGACGGCGUGAUGGACCACAUGGUGAGGAUGACCACGUCCCUUGCCAGCCCUUUCGUGGCCACCGCUUGCCAAACCGUCUGCCCCGACAGCCCCCCCGAGCUGGGCAAGCGCAGGUUGUCGGUGCCCGAGAUCCUGGGGCAGCACGUGACGGAUCCAGAGGCUGAGGCAGAGCCUUCCCCGAGCCCCAGCGCCGGCUCAUCCUCCUGCAACGGCCAAGCCGUGUCGGAGAUCCGGCUGCUGCCGCCUCGCCGGGUACCCGGCAGCAUCCUCGGCUUCCUGCCUCUGUGGCUACGGCGUGGGAACAGCAUCUUCCCGGGAGAGCCCGUCCCCAAAAUCAAAGUGAGCAAAUCCUCCUGCCCUCCUGCCCGCCCGAGGCGGCGGCAGCGCAGCAGCGACAGGAACGUGCUGCAGCUGCCCAAGUGGAGGUACAAGGAGCUGAAGGAGGAGAGGAGAGCGGCUGAGGAGGCACAGGGCAAGGAGAGGAAGAAGAAAGAGGGGAAGAAGAGCUAA